AACACUUGGGACACUGAUGCAGUUAAUCACUGGUGGAAAAGCCUGAGACUAUUAAUAAUUUGCUUCUAUCUCACACUGUGGCUACAGAGGAUUUGUUUUGUAAUAAUUGUUUUAUGACUUUCUUCAAGGAGUGCAGCUGUGGCUACAAACUGAAUUUCCUUUUAUUAUUAAUUUUUUAACCUUUACUAGUGUGAGAAAGACAGAAUUGCAAUGCCUCAUAGGAAGUCUGCCUAAACCAGAGAGAGAAAAUGUCAUACACAUCUAAACUUCCUGCAUCCUGGCAAGAUGAACGACCACCACGGAAAGUAGAAAUUGACUUGAGUUCACCUGGAUUAGCAGUGUUUGAGUUGGAAAAACUCUUAUUUACAGGUAAAGCCAUCAUCAGCCAUGCGGAUGAAGUGUGGCCAAGACUUUACAUUGGUGACCAACACAGUGCAGAGAACCUGGCUGAUCUAUCCAUGCAUCGAUUCACUCAUGUCCUGAAUGCAGCGCACAGUAAACGAAAAGGACAGCCAGAUAUCUAUGAGGGAAUGAAGAUCACCUACAUGGGCAUAGAGGCGCAUGAUUCCUGCAACUUUGACAUGAGUGUCAACUUUGAAGCAGCAGCAGAGUUUAUCCACAGAGCUUUAAGUAGAGGAGGGAAAGUUUUGGUGCAUUGUCAUGUGGGAGUGAGCCGAUCUGCCACCCUGGUACUAGCUUUCCUGAUGCUGAAACAAGGUCUGACUCUUGUGGAGGCUAUUUGUGCGGUAAAAGAUAACCGGGGUGUGAUCCCCAACCGAGGUUUUCUUCGACAGCUCAUCAAACUUCAUGGGCAGCUCUUUGGCAAACAAUACUAAACCCUGUCUGAUACUCUACGUGUCAGCCACUCUCCGGACACAUGAUUGCUCACACCUGUUUCCCAUUCACCUGUCCUACUAUAAAUACUCCAGUACCAUGCUCAUUCCCUGUCGAACCUUGAUGUUUGCACCUACCUACAAGACCUUGCCCUCUCACCUUUCCCGGCUCCAUGAUAUGCCAUCUACUCCAAAGUGCGUUAAGACUGUUCCUCCUGAAAUUCCUUUGUUAAAUAAAGUGUAUUA